CCGCCUCUCCCGCCGCUGUUGCCAUGGGAAGGAACAUUCAGACAAGAUACAACGCUUCCAGCGCGGCUCCCACUGAUCCCACUAAGCUCCUCGCCCAGCAGCGUCUGAGACGUCCCGUUUCUCCCCACCUUACCAUCUACAAACCCCAGGUUACGUGGUACCUCAGUGGUCUUCACCGAAUUACUGGAAUUAUCCUAUCGGGCCCCCUGUACCUCUUCGCAACCGCCUACCUCGCUGCUCCCUUGUUUGGCUGGCACCUCGAGUCGGCCUCUCUGGCUGCUGCUUUUGCUGGUCUCCCUGCGGCCGCACAGAUCGGCCUCAAGAGCUUCUUCGCUCUCCCUUUCACCUACCACUGCAUGAACGGUCUCCGACACUUGACAUGGGAUACCGGCCGGGGUAUCAACAACAAGAUGGUUAUCAAGACUGGCUGGACUGUUGUUGGCCUCAGCGUGGCUAGCGCUCUUUACCUCGCUUUUCUGUAAAUUUCCUGUGUCAUACCUAUGAGUUUUUGCUUCUUUAAAAUCUGUUCUUGCAAUAUAUUUUAUACAGGUCGCUUGAGGACUAUUUUUUGAAUGGAAUGUUUCUUUUUUCAAUAUCUCUUCCCUGGCCGCGCUUAUCCAACUUUAGCCAUUCGAUUGCACGUAUAAGGUGUCUAAGAUAUCACCAGCAUCUACCGAAAAUACACAGUUCGAGGCAUUGAAAGGACUCCUCGGUUGGUAAGGAAUAAACGCAGAGACUAAUCAUUCGACCGCAAUCGACUAUAGUACACAAAAUCUGGGACUGGUACUGAACUUGGUUGAUACGCUUUAUGUUGCAAGGGACGUAAAGAGACAUCUGAAGUAUUUAUUACUGACAAGUGGGCUAGUGAGU